CACCGGGCGACGUUCGCGUGGCGGGCUUUUUCGGUCCUCUCGCUCUUGCCGGGCGUUGCCAGAGCGGCUUUUAGGAGUCCGGCGGCCGCGUCAUGGCUUGGAGGUUCAUGAGCAAUUUUGAAUGGGAAUUGGAUCCUGAUAUAUAUGGAGAUCGGCAUUACAAUGCUUUUACUCGAGAAUUUUAUCCCAGCCUAGAAGACCUUAUGGGAUCAGAUGCUACUAUGGUGACUGAAGAAGAUACGGAUUCAGCUAUCUUAUUUGGAACUCUGAGAGGCAAUGUGGUUGGAUUGCGGCAUUAUACAGGAGUGGUCAAUAAUAAUGAAAUGGUUGCACUCCAGAGAGAGCCUAACAACGCAUAUGACAAGAAUGCUGUAAAAGUAAAUAAUGCGAAUGGAGACCAGGUAGGCCACAUCAAAAAAGAGCUGGCAGCAUCAUUGGCAUACAUCAUGGACAACAAGUUGGCAGUGGUGGAAGGGGUUGUUCCUUCUGGAGCAAAGAAUACUUUCACUAUGCCAGUACAGUUGAGUUUUUGGGGGAAAGCAGAAAAUAAGCAAGCGGUUAUUGAUCGACUAAAAAUGCAGGGCUUUAAAUUAGCUCCUCCAGGAAAAAUUUCAGAAUUUAGCGUUGGGACUAGCAAGAAAUAUGGCAAAGCUGGAACAAGUUACAGUGCUCCGGUUCAUGCUGCUGUACAAAUGACAACUGAACAGCUCAAGACUGAAUUUGACAAACUCUUUGAAGAUCUGAAGGAAGAUGAUAAAACACGUGAAGUAGAAGCAGCAAAGGCUGUUGUAACUCCAUUACUUCCACAUCAGAAGCAAGCUUUGGCUUGGAUGAUUUCACGUGAGAACAACAAGGAGUUGCCUCCAUUUUGGGAAGAGAGGGAAAACUACUUCUACAAUACAAUUACCAACUUUGCUGAAAAAACGCGGCCAGAAAAUGUUCUUGGAGGAAUAUUGGCAGAUGACAUGGGCUUGGGUAAAACACUUACUACGAUAGCUGUGAUACUUAGCAACUUCCAUGAUGGCAAACCUCUUCCUGUUAGAAAGAAAAGUGAUCAACUGAAGAUAUUUCCUAUUAAGAAAUGUGUUCCUGCUGUGAAAAAAGACCAAGAAGCACCCAGAAUUGGCCUGCAGCUGAAUGCUUCUGAUACAAAGGAGAGUGAGUCUCUUCCAUCUCAGUCAUCCAGAACCCAUCCAAAGAGAGCUAUGGGCAAAAAGCCAAAGUAUACAGUAAGCAGUGACUCAGAGCCUGAAGAGCAGAACACAGAAAUAAUGGAAACCAAAGUGCAAAAAACGCAUCCAGCAACAAGAAAGAGAAGAAAAGCUUCUUGUGAUAUUCAAGAGGAUAAAGCAUUUGCUUCUGCUCUUGAGGAACCAGCCAUUUCUUCAAAAAAGACAAAGAAAAAAGGUGGUGUUACUAUUCAGCAUAAGAAAAAUGAAGGUGAAGAGACAUUGGGGACAACACUGAUCAUUUGUCCACUUUCUGUCCUAAGUAACUGGAUUGAUCAGUUUGAACAACACGUGGAUCCGGGUGUUCACUUGAACAUUUACGUUUACUAUGGCUCGGAGCGCAGCAAAGAUCCAGCAGUACUUUCAAGACAGGAUGUUGUAUUAACAACUUACAACAUUUUAGCUAGUGACUAUGGAGCCAGAGGUAAUAGCCCUUUACACAAAUUAAAAUGGCUGAGAGUGGUGUUGGAUGAAGGACACACAAUACGAAAUCCAAAUGCUCAACAGACAAAAGCUGUACUGGACCUAGAUGCACAAAGAAGAUGGAUUUUGACAGGCACACCUAUUCAGAAUUCCUUAAAGGAUUUGUGGUCUCUUCUUUCCUUUCUAAAGCUGAAGCCUUUUACAGAUAGAGACUGGUGGCACAGAACAAUCCAGCGUCCUGUCACUAUGGGAGAUCAAGGAGGGCUUAAGCGUUUACAAUCCCUAAUUAACAGCAUUACACUUCGAAGAACUAAAACAAGCAAAGUUAAAGGGAAGCCAGUUUUGAAGCUCCCAGAACGCAAAGUAUUCAUUCAGCAUAUUACACUUACAGAUGAAGAGAGCCAAAUGUAUCAUUCUGUGAAAAACGAGAGCAUUGCUGCUGUUAAGAGGUAUUUCAGUGAUAGAAGUGUCCUGACCCACUAUGCAGAUGUUCUUGGUGUGUUGCUCAGGCUGAGACAGUUGUGUUGUCAUCCAUGGCUCUGUACAAGUGUGUCCUCAUCCAGUGAUACAGAAGCUAAUAGUACCCCUGAAGAAUUGCGUAAGAAAUUAAUAGAAAAAAUGAAGUUCGUGCUCAGCUCUGGAUCAGAUGAAGAAUGUGCCAUUUGCUUAGAGUCCCUGAACUUUCCUGUGAUAACACACUGUGCCCAUGUGUUCUGUAAACCAUGUAUCUGUGAAGUCAUCCAGAGAGAGAAGACAAACGCCAAAUGUCCUCUUUGCAGGAAAGAGGUUGGAUUAGAAAAUUUAGUAGAAUGUCCUUCAGAGGAACUGGAUAGUGAAAAAAAGCCUGGCCAAGAAUGGGUAUCUAGUUCAAAGGUCAAUGCAUUGAUGCAUGCCUUGAUAAAACUAAGGAAGCAAAAUCCUGCUGUUAAGAGUUUAAUAGUUUCUCAGUUCACAAAGUUCCUGUCUCUAAUAGAGAUUCCACUAAAGGAAUCUGGGUUUGCUUUUGCUCGUUUGGAUGGGUCUAUGACACGGAAACAAAGAGUACAGGCAAUUCAGCAGUUCCAAAGUAAUGCAGAAGGGUCCCCAACUAUAAUGCUGUUAUCUCUAAAAGCUGGUGGUGUUGGUUUGAAUCUCACAGCAGCUUCACAAGUAUUUUUAAUGGAUCCAGCUUGGAAUCCUGCUGCAGAGGACCAGUGCUUUGACAGAUGUCACAGACUUGGGCAGAAGCAGGAUGUUGUCAUCACCAAGUUCAUUGUGAAGAACUCAGUAGAGGAAAACAUGCUGAAAAUCCAGGAGAAGAAGAAAGAACUUGCGACUGGAGCCUUUGGAAACAAGAAAUCUUCUAGUGAAACAAAAAUUAACGAAAUCAAGACUUUGAUGGAUUUAUAAGUUGAGAUGUUAGGCUCAGCUAAAGACAGCCGACCUGAUGUUACUUGUUCAAUCAGUGUGUACAUAGCUUUAGAAUUACUCUGUUAAAUCAUCAUUGGCAUAAGAUGUGCCAUGUAACAAGCAGGCUGAUGCAGCUACCAUUAUUAUUAUUAUUAAUUUUAUUUUAUUUUAGGCUGCAUUCCUAAGGCACGGUGGCUCUCAAUUUUAGGACAGAUGAGAACUUUAAUUACUCUCAUUUUUCUUUCUAUCCCCUUCCUCCUGGCCACCAUUUCCCUGGGAAAUAAAAAAAAAAAGAUUUUUGUUAGCUCCUCAGGUGGAGUAUUUUUUUUUUUCUAGUGUUGGGGGACUGGGUAGGAGCAGGAUUCUUUGGAUCCAAGCCUCUCCUGCAUGUCCCAAAUCUCCCAAAAUCUUCCCCACUUGGCAUCAGAACUGACAUUGGUAGGGCCAUAGCCACAGAAGUUUCUGCAGCAGUGGUUGUGGGGGACCAACAUCAGAUCUCCUUUGCUGAAGUACAGGGGGAGAACCAAUGUAUCCUAUAUUGCCUGGGACUGCAGGCAUAGGAUUUAAGAUGGUAACUAUCCUGAACACCUGGGCUUCAAAACACAGUUAAAGCAGUUCUUUAUCACCAUGUUCUUUAAAUGUACUGGUGCCCUUUUAUCAAAUUUUCUUGAAUUGUGCUUAGUGUACAAAGGGCAGGUAUUACUAAUAACAAAGAAUACUGUUCUUUAGAGUUAAAUGAGUCACCUAGCAGUGUCAUAUUUUAUUUGUGUGUUGGGCAGAUUGACAAUGACAAACACCAACAUGCUUUUGCCUCUGCGGUGAAUGCCAGUUAGAUAACCUAGUUCAUGUACUCCUGUAACUGUCUACAUCAGUAGAAAAGGAUUGUAAAAUGAGGAUGUGUAUGACCAGAAUUAAGUUCCUUCUUUUUUUUUUGCUAGACUAUAUCCAAACAACUAUAUCCAAACAAUCUUAACUCCUAAAAGUAAAAUAUUUCAUUUUAAGUUAUAGCUUCACAAUUUUUAGUUAAUUGCACAUUCUUAAUUUUACAGUGAUAUGACUUAAAACGGUCUAUAGAUUGUUGUCCACUAUAUACUGAGUUUUCUACUAUCUUGUACAGCUAGAAUCCGGAUUUAGGAAAUCAUGUUUACUGAAAACAAGUAAACUUUUGUCUGAGUUGAUACGCUGCCUCCAUUCUCUUGCUGCAAAGUCAUUCAAGAAAUAGCAUCGCUUGAAAUAGUGAAACCUCAGUAAUUCGGAAGUUUUAUUUCUAGGUAAAUAAAAUUGUGGCUUAUGCAGACUCAUGCCUGUAAUCAUUAACAUUUUAUAAUGCUUUUUGUUUAUCUACACAGUAUGACCUGUGAAAACAGCAACUGAGGCAUAAGCUCCUGACAGAUCUUGUAAAAAUGCACAAGGAGAAUCUAAUAAACUUUAUAUCCGUGGGCUUCUCGCCCAUCGCUUAGCUUA